UUUGGCUGUAAUCUACCGAGAGGAAGUGGUUGUUGUUGCUAGUAUUUUAGUCGCUUCGACUAUUAUGCGUUAGCGAAUUGAGAACUGUUUAAGCAUCUUUUAAUCUGAUGGCUGAAUUGUAAUAGUACCUUUGGCCAUCGUUAAUUCUUUCUGAGAAAAUCUUUGCGUCGAUUUUCCGAGAAAUUGUCAGGUUAAAGCGUACCGACGCCAUGUUCCCAGAGUUAUCUUUCUUUCUGUGCUGUUGAACAGGCAAAAGAAAAGAUGCCGUCUCCAAGAAAGACAAAAUCACCAGCACGUGCAAGAUCAAGGCAGCGGAGCAAAUCUGCUUCACGGAAGUCAAAAUCACGCAGUCGAAGUCGUAAUCGUAGUACUCCUACAAAAAAUGAGAGCUCAAAUUCUACAUCUGUGACAACUGUUCGCCAAGUUUCUACUCGAGUAUCUCGUUCCACUACAGCAGCUUUUCAAGAAAAAGCUUCAGUCACACCAGUUAGGCAGCCUUCCCUAACUACCAGUCGUGUUGAGCAAGUGGAAGAGAAAAUCACGACACAUUUAAAGCCUAAAAUGUCUGAUAAGGAAAAAGAAAGCCCAAAGACCAAAACAAAAGAAUUUGGUGGACCCAUUGGUACCUUGCUCUUGAUUUUUCUUCUACCGCUGACACUCUACUAUGUCAACUUGGCUUGCCGGAAGGGUAAAUGCAAUAUCUUAGAAGUGCCCAAGUUAACUGGCAGCCUUCUGCAGUUUGUGGAUAUGGAAGCAACUUUUAUAUACUUGGGUUGGUUCCUUUUCCAAGCAGUCUUGGCUGUGGUUCCUGUUGGAAAAGUAGUGGAAGGACAACCUCUCAAAAACGGCCAGCGACUUAAGUAUCGUUUAAAUGGUUUCCACGCACUACUAUUCACCCUGCUUUGCCUUGGGUUGGCAGUAUACUUCAAAGUUCCAUUAACAGUGAUCCACACCAAGUUCUUCAAGCUAUUGACUACCGCUGUUGUCUUCAGUUUCACUCUCAGCAUAUUUCUUUACAUCAAGUCACGUUUCACACCCUCAAGCAUGCUAGCAGAACCAGGCAAUACAGGAAAUAUAAUUUAUGACUUCUUUAUGGGCCAUGAGCUGAAUCCACGAAUGGGACCCCUGGAUCUAAAGUUUUUUUGUGAAUUACGUCCUGGUCUGAUUGGAUGGGCUAUUUUGAACAUAGUAUUUCUCUUAAAGGCAUAUCAAGAAACAGGAGUUUUUCCUCCAGCUUUGACAAUGGUUGUCUUCUUCCAGUUUGUUUAUGUUGCAGAUGCCCUUGUCUAUGAGGAUGCCAUUCUCACUACCAUGGAUAUUAUCCAUGAUGGAUUUGGAUUCAUGCUGGCUUUUGGAGAUCUGGCUUGGGUACCUUUUCUUUACUGUCUUCAGCCUCGUUAUCUUUUGGAGACAAGAUAUGAUUUACCUUGGUAUUGUCUUGCACCCAUUGCUGUUCUCAACAUUAUUGGGUACUGCAUCUUCCGCAUGUCCAACUUACAGAAGAAUGAAUUUCGAAAAGACCCUUCAAAUCCAGCACAUGCACACCUGGAAACAAUCCCUACUCCAAGUGGAAAACGACUUCUUGUCUCUGGUUGGUGGGGUUUAUGCCGCAAACCCAACUACCUAGGGGACAUUAUUAUGGCAGUGUCUUGGUCUCUUCCUUGUGGAUUCAACCAUAUUUUGCCCUAUUUCUAUCCUAUCUACUUCUUCAUAUUGCUGGUUCAUCGUGAACGCCGUGAUGCAGAACUGUGUAGGCGCAAGUAUGGUGCUUGCUGGGACCGUUAUUGUGAACGAGUGCAAUACAGGAUUAUUCCUUAUGUGUACUGAGUUCAAUACAUGUCACUGAAAAGGAGAUUAAACGUUGGAGGUGUCUGAUCAUGACAAGGAUUGCUUAAUCUGAAGUUUACAUUUUGUUGAUAAAACUUAAAAGCAAAAAUAAUUGUGAUUGCAGAGUGCCUGAUUUCAUUUAGUACAAAAAAGCAACCAUAAAUAUUUGUUCACCCACUUACCACUGUUCUUUAUUUACACUGUGCCAAUCUUCUACACUUUCCUUAAAGAUUCAAUGACUUUAGUAUCUGUAUUUGUCGGUUUGCUGAAAUUCUAUGAAGUACAAGUGUCAAAACAUCUUUUUUGACCUUUUGACAAAUGCAAAACUUUCUUCAAGUAACUGGAUUUAGCCCGGUAAAAGAUAAAGCUUCCAGAAAUCUGAGGGAAUAGACCCCUAUGAAUGUACACAGAUAUGCCUGAUUGAUAACUCUCAUUGGCUGUAACGGCUGUCCGGUGGCGCAGUGUUAGCACCUGUCACCAAUGCAGUGAGGGUUGGCUGUCCUGGGUUCAGCUCUCGUCUCGGGUACGCUGUUCUUUCUCUGCGUGUGGCAUCUGUUUACAGGGCUGGCUGCCUUGCCGUGAUAUAGCCUUAGUUGCUGGCUCAUAAAGCACCAAUUUCCCCCCUCCCCCAUCCCUCUCAUUGGCUGUAGCCUUGAGAACAUGUAGUUUAAGAACAGAAGUAGGUUUUGUGAAAUGUGCAGUCUUUGAAAGCCUUUGCAAUACAUCUACACAGUUAAAUGGCCAUUUGUGACACUUUUGAGACUUGGAACACACUAGGGUUGUUAGGCUUUUGUUUUUAAGCUUAUGAAAGAAUUGCGCUUCUGGUCACUGGUCCAUUUUUCAGAGAUUGUGUUAAAAAUAGCACAUGUGAAAAAGAGAUGUUUGGCGGCUUAAAUGAAUUAUUUGUUUCUAAAGCUCAAGAGUGUUCAUUUUUUGUUUUGACUGUUGAGGGUUGCUGCCUUUUAAUGAGCUGUUAAUAGAUUACAAAAUGUCACUUGCAUUUUGUCUGCAAUUUUUUAUUUUUUAAUUUGGUUUAUUCGUGGCAUCUCUUGAUCAGCUUAAAGGUGGUUUUGCUUUUCUAGAGAAUUUGUUGUCAGACUACUAGCAUUCAAGACAAGGGGCAUAAUGGACUCAGGGUUAGGGUUUCUAUUUUCCUUAUUAAACAGUGCUUGAACUAAGCUGUUGUGCCAAAGACAUUCACAUAACUACUCUGUUAAUAAAUGUUAACAAGGAAUAAAAUUUUGUGUGCCAUUAAAGCUGAUUGCCUGAUAGCCUUUGGUGAAACAAACAUGGUUUGCUGGCUAAAAGUGCAGUUUCUACUGUUCUGUUUAAGUAUAGCUGCAUAACUAUUGUAUAAUAAACAGCAGAAUUCUGCUGACAUGUCUUUUGAAGUCAUAACUUAUGCCAAUAAUGAUUUUAUUCUGACAUUUCCUUACCUAGUGAUGGUUAGGUGGCAGUUCCAAGAUUAAAAUUUGCCAGUGUGUUAUAUUUUUAAAGUGUAACCAAUGAAAAACGCAACAUGCAUGUAAAAUAUCUACACCUAAAAUUAUCCUCUGUAAUAUUUCUGAUUGAACAUAAGAUUUGGGUUUGUUUUUUCAUGUACAGGUUUAUAAUGCAUGUAUAUAAGAAAAUUUACAUAUUUUUAUGAUGUAAGCUUAAACAUCUCACUGAAUUGUGCAUGUGAAGGAUGACAUAACCUGAAGAAAACCCCACCUCAUUGUUCAUUUACUGUGACUGAAAGUUAAUCACAAUGUAUUUGUGCAUUACCUGUUCACAAACGAGACAGUUAUUCAGGACCUUGGACGAAGUGUAUCAGAUUACAUUUAAGAAAGACUAGGUGGUGUUUUUUUUUUCUUAAUUAGAGAGAAUAGUUAUUCUUAUCUGUAUAAUUGUCAUACUCUGAAUGACUUAACAGUCACAUCAGAUACCUUACUUUCAAUGCAAUGACAAAUUAGAGAGUAGGAAAGUUUCUUCAUAUUUACUAUUAAAUAGAUUUAACUUUAUAUUUUUAUCUUUUAUUGUUGUCUUUAAAUGAAAACCUGAAGUCAAAGCUUCCACAAGACUGAAAAUGUUGUCUGGAAGGUAUGUAUUUAAAAAGUGCUGAGCAGAAGAAUUUGUAAUUGUUUUAAUUUAUGUUCUUUGUUUUCUAUGGCACUUUUCUGUAGAAUUAGAAGUGAAAAUUUUCUACUAAUUUAUUUAUUGAACUUACGAAAUACAAGUUUUUUGAAUAUAUAUAUAUGCAGUAAAGAGAUUGUGACCAAGACAAUGAAAUUGUGAGGGUCUUACAGCUUGUGUCUGUGCAGUUUUUGCCUAGGUGUGGCCUAGAAUAGCUCCUAUUAUGUAGCCUUAGUAACUGACUCCAACACCAACCAGCCAUCUUUUACCAAAAUUAUUUACUGCAGAAUAAUUCUUCAAUAUUUGGAUUAGUGUUGCAUGGUGUAGUUUUGUUUUUAAGGGUUUGCUGUUUAUGAUGUAAAUACAGAGACAGUAUUUUGACACACAGAAGUCCUGUUUCUUUUGGUAGAUGUGUUUAAAACUUUAUGUAUAUGCCUGAUGAUUGGUGUGGUUUGUUGUUGUUUUUUUGUGGGUUUUUUUCUUAUUUUUGUGUGUGUGACAGGCAGAUCAGUUUAGUGAGAAUGACUUUAUGCAUGGGUGUGACUGACAGUCUUGUUUGUACAGAAUGUAGAAGAUUAAUAAACCUGGACCUUCAUCUUUGAGCCAUGCCUUUGUUUCAUGCAAGAUUAAUUUUUAGUCUUAGUCCAGAGCUUAACCAGGAAGGAGUCUCAAAGCAAGGACUAAAAAGAUUUUUUGUGUCUUAAUGUUCAUUUUCACAACCGGACAUUUAACAAAGAAUUUGUAAAAUUGCUAUAACCAUCUUUUUUUAAUCAUCGCAUUCUCAUUCAGAAGUACACUACACUGAUAUUCACAGUUUACAUUGGACUAUGGAUUUUGUGGGAGUACAAAAUAGAUUUUAGAAUGUUUGAUAUCACAAGAAACUUAAAGGAUUUUGUUUGAGAGACAGUUAAGUAUUUCAAAAUAACAGUGAAAACGAUAUGGGAAGGAUUGUUAGUUAAAAAGUAUUGAUAUGCUGUGCUUUCAUUUCUGUUUUUUUACAAGUAAAACAAGUCAAUUUUUAUGGCUGGAUUUAGAUAAAGCUGCAAAGACUUAAGCUACUCAAUGAAAGACACAAAAAGAAAGACCAAAAUAUAAUCAUUUUGCAAAGUCUAGAAAUUACAGAAGGCUGUGUGUGACAGUUUGUGUUUGAAAGGCAUGAACAAGAGUGCUUUUGAUGCUGGAAGAGGAUUGUUGUGUCCAAGUGUGACUGAAAAGUUACCACAAUACGGCUCUAACAAGGCAGCUUGUUAUACACCUCUUGCCCAGUCACUCAAAUAAUACUAGAUAGCAGCAGAACCAGCAGUAUAAUAUAGGAAUACUUUUAUCUAAAUAUUGCCAAAUUCAUCUGAGUGUUGUGAAUCUUUAAGGUCAAGACUGCUUUUAAAUAAAAUGUGCAAAAGAUUCCAUCCAUAUUUCAAAAUGCCUGUGUUCUGUGAAGAAUGAGUUUACAUUUUUGAGCAAUUUCUGCAGUAUGGAAAACAAUUUUUCCAGAUACAUUUUUUUAUCACAAAAUUAUAAUUUUCACAACAUUUAAAAUAACCAAUUAAAUGCUGCCAGUCAGCUACAUCUAGUUUUGGGGCACUGGAGCAAGCAGGGAUGUAUGUUUUAGACCUUGAUGUUUUGUGUUUUUGGAGGGACAGCAGUUUUGUCUAUGAUGAGUGUUGCUAGUUCCGGAAGCCUAAGGACAUUGUCUAAAUGUGCUGUAGUGUACUUAACUACCUUACAGGCUUUGUUUUAACCAUGACACACAAGCACACCAAUGUACAUGUCCUGUUUCUAUCUGUUUUGUUUUACCCAUGACCCACUAGCAGAACAAUGGAAAGCUGUUGUACAGGACACCCAGAAAAUGGCAUGUUAUCUCUUUUAGAGAUCCAUAGAGAGAUUUGGAAAUUUGUGUGGUCAUAAGCUUGUAAAGAUGUGCAAGUCCUGUCAUGGUAGUUUCUGAGGUAGCAACACAUUUUAGACACAUUUAGAAAGUAAAUUGAAAAAACUAAGUGUAAAGUAAAUGUGAAAGUGCAUUAAAGAGCAUUUUAAAAGCAGUAAAGAUUGGAGAAACAUAUAUCAACUACUGAAGCUAAAGCUAACUCUGAACACACCAUUGCUUAUUUAGGAAUCAGUAUAUAAAGUUUUACUUGUGCUUGAAACAUCAUCAUUCAUUUGGCAGCCAUCUUUCAAAAUAUGCUACUCAUUUUAUCUGUUAACUAAUCAUUGCUUAAAUUUUGGCCUAUAGGAACAUAUGGAGCACCCAUACUAUGUUUUGUUUACUGUAUUGUAGUUUGUGUUGUCAGUUAUAAUUGUAAAUAUUUUUCAAGCCACUUGUUCAGUAUUAUUUGUAAGUCACAUUCCCCUUUUAAAAAUGCCAAGCCUCAGAUUGAAUCAGAUUGGCAUCACAUUUCAGUUUCACGUAUCUGACAUAGUACAUUUGUUUAUACUCGCCUUUUAUCCUUUUGUUGUAGGUAAAUGACCCAUUUUCAUGAUUUUAUUCACCAGCAAUGCCCAUUUGUAUUAUUGUAGAUAUAGAAGGCAAUAUAUGCAGUAGAUUAAAUGUUUGUCACGAUUUUUCAGUUAUUUAAUGUGCUCAAUUAAAUAUAAUAAACAUCUUAAUAUUUAUAUUCUAUGCUUAUUUGUUGUCAUCUUAAUCAUACCUUUUAGUGUAAUCAUUUUUAAGCAGUAUCAUAACCACAUUGCUGUAUUUUUUAGCUGUUAUGAUGCUGUUACCUGUUUUUUAAUACUUAAUAUGCAGACAGUAGUCAUCUCUGAAAGACUUUGAUACUCAUCAGUUUAUGUAUAGUCUUAUGAAAUUGUGCUGCUUGCAUAUGCUUCUAAUGAUGAAACGGCCAUUUUAGCUUGAAAGUAUAUUGCAUAUAUUUUUAAUGCCAAAUUUGAAUGCAUAUCCAGUUUCAUUUGAUUUCUAAGACUUUAUAGUCACAGUAUUGGGUGUUUAACUUGUUCCUAAAUUUUUUACUUUGAAAAUGCCCUCUUUCCUGUCCAGAUGGGCAGUACUUUUUAUUUGAAGUCCAACAUAGUUUACUAUUACUGUAUAGCAAGUGUUAGUCAAACUCUGUUCUUGGUAGAACAGAUGGGUAUUUUGAAAUUUUCAAACUUGUACAUAAAUGUUGUAGGGUAUUUGCAGACAAAAUAGCUCAUGACGGGGAUGCCAAAUUAGGCUCUCUUUUUGUCUUUGUACAUAUUUAUGCUGUCAUUAAAGUAUUUUGCAAUUUUUAAA